ACUAUCUGCCUAUCUUCUUCAAGCCAGCUGUUGCAAUCGACCCAAUAAAAUAUUGAGGAUCGAGUUGUUUGUUCCGUUCGUGUCGCUCUUUCUUCUAUGUUUGCUUACGUUUUGGUCUUGUAAUCAACCUCACUUUAUGAAAGAGGAACUUGAUGGUGACGACAACACGUCAUAGAACACUUUGCAUGUACCAUUUCCUACCGCUUCAAAUUGGUGUUUUGGUGUUCCAGGGUACUUAUGAAGCACCGGUGGAAGAUUGUUCAGCUGCUGAUUUUCCGGUGGUUCGCAUUAGACGGUGCCCAGCACCAUCACGAAAGCUCCUUAAACCCUCCGUUUCCUAUAAGGUGCACGGCACGUCUGUCCUGUCUCCGCAAAAGCAACACAUUCAGUAUCACAGAAGCUUCGCCUCCGCAACUGUAUCCACUUUCUUGCAACAAAAUCCGUUCGGCAUAUCAUGUCUCUGUUCUACUAUGUCUUUGUCUCAGUCCUGCUUGUCUGCGCGAUCGCGUAUCAUUUCAGAAAUCGUGCACAGUACCCGCCUUCCCCGCCCAAACACUGGCUCCUUGGAAACUUACUUGAUAUGCCUCGGACUGUCGAUUGGGACAAACUUCUUUCCUGGAAGCGCGAUUAUGGAGGACUUACCUACUUGACUGCGUUUGGACAGUCCGUCUUGGUAUUGAAUACCCCGGAAGUCAUCAAGGACCUUCUGGAUAAACGUGCAAAGAACUAUUCUCAUCGUCCUCAGACGGUCAUGGUUGGAGAGUUGUUUGGACUAAAUAAGACCCUUGUAUUCUACGACUACAAUGACAGGUAUCGAACCAUUCGAAAGUUGACUCAACAAGUAUUAGGCCCGGAAGCAGUAAAGAAGUAUCAAGCAUUGCAGUUGGAUAUUGUCAAAUUAUUUCUGGAGAGUUUGAGACUGGACCCAGAUGACUUUAGGCAGCAGUGUCGACUUGCCGUCAGCCGUAUGAUCCUCACUGUUACAUAUGGAUUAGAAAUCAAGGCUGCAGAUUCUGAGUAUAUCGCCAACGCACAACAUACGUCCGAGACGAUCAAUCAAGCCGUUAUGCCCGGAGCCUAUAUCGUAGACCUCAUUCCUGCUUUGAAGCAUCUUCCCAGGUGGUUUCCGUUCACAUCAUUUCACGAGGUGGGCGAUUACGGACGAAAACUCGUUUUCGACUUCGUGACUCUGCCAUUCGAGUAUGUAAGGAGGAAUAUGGCCAACGGUUAUGCACCCCAGUCAUUUGUUUCCGACCUCCUCGCUGAUCCUGAAACAAUGGCAAAGCAUGGAAAACAUAGUGAAGACUUAAUUGAGGAUAUAAAGUGGACUGCUGGUGCAAUGUUCUCAGCUGGGAUGGAAACUUCCCUCGCUACGAUGCUUACGUUCUUCCUGGCGAUGGCGUUGUAUCCAAAAGAACAGGCUAAGGCGCAACAAGAGAUCGAUACCGUGACCGGUGGAAAUCGGAUUGUGACCUUCGAUGACCGGCCCAAUCUUCCGUUCGUGCAGGCAUUGCUCCAAGAAAUCGCAAGAUGGCAUGUUGUCGCUCCGACAGGACUUCCCCGUCGUUCAGCGGAAAAUGACACCUACAACGGUUACCGUAUUCCUGCGAAUACUGUUUUAGUACCGAACAUCUGGGCGCUCUCUCAAUCCGUGAUUGACCCCGGCCGCUUCGAUCCAGAACGUUUCUUGAACUCUAGCAACGCGCAAAACCCUUACGAAUAUAUAUAUGGCUUUGGACGGCGAAUUUGUCCUGGAAGACACCUCGCAGAUAACUUCCUCUUCCUCUUUGCCGUAAACACCUUGGCGUUUUUCAAUAUUGAUCAACCUGCUCAAUUGACGGAAGGAUUGAAAAUGCCGGCAGAUGUAGUAUUCUCUCCGACAAUAGUUAGUCUCCCAGAGCCGUUUGCGUGCAAGAUACAACCUCGCACGGAUGCCCAUGCAGAAGUCAUCAGUUCUAUGGCAGUACAAUAACUUGCAUUGUUCAUUCGCUUGGCGGUUUCGCGGAUUUGAUGUACCUGCACUCCAAUGGCCAACAGUUCAUCUUGAGCUCCGUGUAUGUCUAUCUUCUCUUAAUGGCUAUGUUGGCCAUCCUAGAGCGAAAUCAUCUUUGGAACGCGGCUGUCUUCCCAGAACCUUGAAUUAUAUGGCAACUUCUCGCGCCUUCGAAGAUGGAAAGAGACAGCGUUGCAAUGCUCUUCCCUUUGUAUCCGCCUUAUUGGCGUGCGGGGAUAGCUCACCCAAUCAAACAGUAUCAUGAAUUCACGAUCCGCUCUCAUGCCUCAUGUGAAUGUAUGUUACCGGCGAUUCGGACUAGAUCUAAUGCAUCAAUCAAACUGUCAAGUCCUGUUUAUGAACUC